AUGGAAGACAACAAUCCCCCAAGCAAGCGGCGUCGCUUGAACGCAGCAGCCGCUCUAUCGAAGCCCUUCAAGUCCCCGCUGCGCAAACCCGGGCCCAUCGAAGAUGCGUCUCAAACAUCGCCCCGCACACCAAGUAUCAGUGCGAUCGCCCAAAACGAGAAAUUUACGCCGGAAGCUGUUACUACAAAGCCUGAGAUUGCUACAUCAUCACCAAUUUCAUCACAGGCCACGCGCACAAUGAGGCCUUCAAAUCGCUCUGCACUCUCCACGCCAAUGCAAUCGCCUCUUGCAGACCCCGAGCUCCUACGCUUACAGAAACAGGAGCGCGCUCUACAAUCCCGACUCACAGCUCUCCGCGAAGAGCUCAACGUUGCAAAACAAGCCCUCCGCAUUGAGUCCUCAAAUAAAGAUGCCGAGCUUGAUGGACUGAUCACCAAGUGGCGUCAUGCGAGCCAGGAGGCAGCCGACGAGGUUUUCGCCGGUGCCCAGGAACGGGUCACUAAAAUGGGUGGCCUGACAGCGUGGAAGGAACGUUCGAAGCGUGAUACAUUUCAGUGGGAUCUUGAAGAGGAAGAGAAGGAUGCGGAUGAAUACGGGGAUGAGAAUUGGGAUUUGGGAGAUGUCUUUGCGGAGGAGAAACAUGGGUCCAAAAAACAAGAGGAAGAGCCUAAUGAAGAGGUAUGGAGACUUUUGCGACACCUGGUAUGUAGAUGUACAGUAGCUGACCGGAUAUCACAGGAAUUUACCGUGGACUUCAUGCUGAAGACGCUGAAUAUCGAUCUCAAGAUAAUCGGCUAUGAUUCGGCGAUGGGCAAGUGGAUCCGGGAUUGA